CAUGUGUACGGGAGCAAGGCAGGGACCGAGAGAGAGAGAGAGUAGGCAGGGAAGGAGGAGGCUCCAUAUUCUUUCAGCUACCCCCUGUCAAAACGCGAGGAGGAGGGGCCAGACUCUGAGCUGCCAAUCAAAUCCACUCGUGGCAGCCGGCGUUAUCUCAGCAACAAACUAUUGACAGAUUACAUGUCAAGGAGUUUAGUGCAUGAUUGAAGGAAGCCUUUUUUGUAUCUAGUUACUUUUCCGCUGUAUCCCCCCCCUCCUCCUCCUCCUCCCCUUCAGCAACCAACAUUCGAAUGACUUUCUAAAAAGAGUUGAGUAAUAUUAUGAAAGUUACAUGUCUGAGAGGAUUUAACUUCGACUUCCCUGAAUAUGCUGAAAGGAGUUUAUGCACUGAAAAGACCUCAGGAAAACCCAAGAUGGCCGCCAAAAGGAAAGGUGGCCUAAAACUCAAUGCUAUCUGUGCCAAGCUGAGCCGCCAGGUGGUGUUCGACAGCAGCUCCCAGAAUGCAGAGGGAGACCAGAGUGUAGCAGAAAACAGCGAGCGCGGAAGUUCCCAAUACGACGACAAUGACGCCAGCUUCCACGAGAGCCUGAGCCUAAGCCAGAGCCUAGGAGAGGACCAGAAGAGACGGGAAGCCAUCGAGAAGUGGGUCAACGGCGAGUAUGGCGACGAGCUGCCAGCUAGUGAUGAUGAGGAUGAACAGGAGCAAGGACUCAAAGUCAGCAAUGAUGAAGACGGCCCCCCGGAGGGCGUGUACAUGGUACAGCCCAAAGGCUGCAGCGACGAAGAAGAUAACGUGGAUGAUCCUGAACCUCUGAUGGGGUCUCAGGAUGGCAGUUACCAUGAUGACAAAGAAGCGGAAGAGAGGCCUCCGAAAGAGGAGGCCUACAUGCCGCCAAGUGAGGCCCAGUGUCGCCAACCACCUUUCUCCUCUCCAGGCGAAGCAUUGGCCCUGAGAGACUAUGCAGCCAACACCAUGAAUGAGUUUUUAGGAAUGUUUGGAUAUGAUGAUCAGCAAGUAAGGGAUGAUCUGACCAAGAAGAUCAGCUUUGACAAGCUCAAAGCUGCUACCUCAGACCCCUCAUCCCUCAGCAGUGAAGAAGCCUCACGGCGUGCCCGCUUCUCCAAGUAUGAAGAGUACAUUCGCAAGCUGAAAGCUGGUGAGACCCUCCCCUGGCCGGUGUAUGCUUCCCCACCCAAACCAGAAGACCUCAACUCAAAACUGGUCCAAGACAAGAGUACUACCAUGCUGCAGACCUCCGGGGGCCUUCCAACAUCCGAGGCACAGAUCUACCCAUCCGGCCUGGACCAUAAGCAGGCAGGAGGACCUCAGCUGGGAACAUCCCAACCAUCAAAUCUAUCUCACGUACAAAAUAUAGCAUCCCGAGCCUCUAAGUAUGACUUCUUUAUUCAGAAACUGAAGAUGGGGGAGAGCCUUCAGCAGCAGAAUGGUAACGCUUACAAGCGACCCUCCAAGUAUGACUUGGAGAAUGUCAAGUUUCUCCACCUGUUUAAGCCUGGUGAGGGUAGUCCUGACAUGGGAGGUUCAAUUGCCUUUAAGACUUGCAAAGUUGGCCGCCCUUCCAAAUAUGACAUCAGAACAAUACAGAAGUUUAUGCCAGGAAAUCCAGAAAGCUCACUGAUGCCCAAUGUCCUCGCUGCAGCCCCAGGAAACCCCGGCACUCCUGGUGUCCCCACAGUAGGCGCUGCUGGGGCCAGCAUUGCCCCUGCACUUACAGUGGACCCGGCAGGGCAUAUAAGCUUCAACACAUCUGACUACUUGAAGUCCAGCUUUUCCAAAACUGACUCCAUUACCACAGGCACCGUGUCCUCUGUAAAUAUGGCCAAAGGAGGUGGUCACCCCACUGUGUCUGGUCUGCUUGAGGUUUCUUCUGCAAAAAUGCACAAGAAUGGCCUGCCACCAGAUAAACCCGCCAGCGAAGACGUCAACCUCUACCAGAAAUAUAUCGCCAGGUUUUCUGGAAGUCAGCACUGUGGACAUGUGCACUGUGCCUACCAGUAUCGAGAGCAUUACCACUGCAUGGACCCUGAGUGUAACUACCAGGUGAGCAGGUUCACCAGUAAGCAGGAUGUAAUCAGGCACUACAACAUGCACAAGAAGAGGGACAACUCCCUGCAGCACGGCUUCAUGCGCUUCAGCCCUCUGGAUGACUGUAGCGUCUACUAUCAUGGCUGCCACCUCAAUGGAAAAAGCACCCAUUACCACUGCAUGCAGGUGGGCUGCAGCAAAGUGUACACCAGUACCUCAGACGUCAUGACUCAUGAAAACUUCCAUAAAAAGAACGCCCAGCUGAUCAAUGAUGGCUUCCAGAGGUUUCGAGCCACUGAGGACUGUGGAACAGUUGGGUGUCAGUUUUAUGGGCAGAAGACGACACACUUCCACUGCAGGCGGCCGGGCUGCACAUUCACCUUCAAGAACAAGUGUGACAUUGAGAAGCACAAGAGCUACCACAUCAAGGAUGAUGCCUAUGCUAAAGAUGGCUUCAAGAAGUUCUAUAAGUAUGAAGAGUGCAAGUAUGAGGGCUGUGUCUACAGUAAAGCCACCAACCACUUCCACUGCAUCCGCUUGGGCUGUGGUUUCACCUUUACCUCUACCAGCCAGAUGACCUCCCACAAACGCAAACACGAGCGCCGGCACAUCCGCUCCUCUGGUGUUAUGGGCCUCUCUUCCACCUUCUUGGUACCAAAGGAUGAGCCAGACGAGUCGAGCAAUGAUGACCUGAUGGACUUCUCAGCCAUCAGCAGCAAGAACUCCAGCCUGAGUGCUUCGCCCACAACUCAGCAGUCCACCACUGUGUCGCACCUGUUGUCCACACCUACCACUGCAGUCUCCUCUACUUCCCCAUUGGGCCACAGCCUCAAGCCAACACCAUCGCUCUCCAGUGCGGGCCAGCGUGUGUCCAGUCUUCUGUCCCAGGCUUUACCCAGCAACAUGCCCGUUGCCCUCACUCUCUCCAACAGCACCAUGGCUGCAUCCAACCCGUUCUUUCCUUUGAUGUCCAGGCUGCCACUCCAACCACCUCCUCUUGCCGCUAGUCUAAUAUCAGCUGUUUCUUCUGGUGCUCACUCCAUGCCCACUGACUCCAUGACCCAAGGAUGCUCUACAACAGGGGCAGAAGGAGCCAUGGCAUCUACUCCAGUCUCCUUCACUACCUCGUCCAUCAUGGAGAAGAUCUCAGCAAGCAAAGGUCUGAUAUCGCCCAUGAUGGCUAGACUGGCAGCUGCUGCCCUCAAACCCUCCAGCAACACAGACACAGGGAAUGGGCAGCCGGCUUCAGCCGGCCACUUCAAUCUGGUUCAAGUGAAGCAGGAGCCGGCAGACCCCGCGUCCGGGGCCCCGCAAGACCCCACGCAGGAGCACAGCCUUGACCUGAGCAAGAAGGACCACAGUAAUGAAUCAAACGGACACUCUGUACCGGGGAAUACAUCUCUUUUAUCCUCGCUUAUGAAUAAGAUGUCACAGGUGAACCCGGCCCUGUUCAGCACCAUGAACCUGAAGACGGAGCUGGACGCGGGGCAAGGCGGCGACACCUCCGAGGCGGCGCAGUAUCUGAACCGAGUGCUGAAGAGGCCGCUGGCGGAAAAACCUACCGAGAUCUGGAGGACUUACCUUCGCAGGUUUGACACCGACGACUUCUGCGAGGCUCAGUGCGACUUCCUGCAGAAGGUGCAUUUUCACUGCCUGGUGGAGGACUGUGGUGCCCUCUUCAGCACAGUGGAUGGCGCCAUAAAGCACGCUAACUUCCACCUGCGAGCCAACUUGAAGGUGAAGACGGAGACACCGUUCAGUGAUGCCAAAGACUCCAGCGAUGGAUCUCCACUGCAGCCUGCUGCCGCCGUCUCCGUGGCCAACAAUCCCUCCAUGGAUGUGUCUCACCUCACCUCUUCUGCUGGCUACAGCUCCCCUCCUUCCUCCCUUCUGGCCUGGAAGCAGUUGACCGGCAGCAUCCCUCAGAUGCCGGCCUCGAUGCCCAACUUGGCCGCCAACUCCCCGCUGGCCACCACCUCCCUGGAGAACGCAAAGCCACAAGUCAAACCUGGUUUCCUGCAAUUCCAAGAAAAUGAUCCCUGUUUGGCGACUGACUGCAAGUACUCAAACAAGUUCCACUUCCACUGUUUGUUUGGGAAUUGCAAAUAUGUGUGCAAGACUUCUGGCAAGGCUGAGUCCCACUGUUUGGACCACAUCAACCCCAACAACAACCUGGUCAACGUCCGUGACCAGUUCUCCUACUAUUCUCUGCAGUGUCUGUGUCCCAACCAGCACUGCGAGUUCAGAAUGAGGGGUCACUAUCACUGUCUGCGGCCCGGCUGCUUCUUUGUCACCAACAUCACCACCAAGCUGCCGUGGCACAUCAAGAAGCAUGAGAAGGCAGAGCGCCGCGCUGCCAACGGCUUCAAGUAUUUCACCAAGAGGGAGGAGUGCGGCCGGCUGGGUUGCAAGUAUAACCAAGUGAACAGCCACUUUCACUGCAUCCGCGAGGGCUGUCAGUUCUCCUUCCUCCUCAAACACCAGAUGACCUCACACGCACGCAAACACAUGAGGCGGAUGCUGGGCAAGAACUUCGACAGAGUCCCAACCCAGGUGCUGCCUCUGUCUCAGAGGGCAGACGAGCUGCAGCCCACCGCCGGCAUCAUGUCGGGCCCUGGGGCCCAUCAGCACACCACCAACUCCAGCUUCUCCUCCACCAUGAUGGACGAUGCUGACAGUUACAUGGACUAUGUGGGGGGGGGAGGAGGAGGAGGAAGCGGCAGCCCCUUGGGACUGUCCUCAGAGUCCUCCAACCAGGACCGGAGCUGCACCAGCACCCCGGUGGGCAACGACGGCUCUCCAGCAGGACAAGGCUGCCCUGCCACCACUUCUGCACCUACCACCCCUGCUGACACUAGCGCUCCCCAAAAUGCACCAUCUUCCCCUCCUCCUCCUCGUCCUCUUCCUCCUGCUCCUCAGCCCGGCCUACAGGCCCAGGGCCCGUCCCUUUCUCCUGCUCUCCUCCGACCUUCUCUCCCCUCUGUCCCAUACCUCCUCUCUCCAUCCUGUCUGUCAUACUCUCUGCUCAGCGCCUCUCUGGGAGCCACUCGGAGUGUUGUCAUGCCAACCAACACACCAGCUUUCAGCCCCAUCAUUGCCACUCCUUCUCCGGUUAAAAAUGACGUCCCUAUAGUGCAGGACGCUGCAGGCAACACCAUCUCCAUUCCCACUGCCACUGGUGCGAAGAAGCGCUUCUGGAUCAUUGAGGACAUGUCACCCUUUGGAAAGCGCCGCAAGACUCCGUCGUCGCGCAAGAUGCUGGAUGAAGGGAUGAUGCUGGAAGGCUUUUGUCGCUACGACCUGUACGAGAACUGCAAGGACUCAGGGUGUCAGUUUUCUCUAAAGGUGACCCACUACCACUGCACUCGCGAGAACUGUGGCUACAAGUUCUGCGGUCGUACCCACAUGUACAAACAUGCGCAGCAUCACGACCGAGUGGACAACCUGGUUCUCGAUGACUUCAAGCGCUUCAAAUCGUCCCUCAGCUGCAACUUCCCCGACUGCCAGUUUUCAGGCAACAGCACUCACUUCCACUGCCUGCGCUGCGGCUUCCGCUGCACCGAUAGCACCAAGGUGACGGCCCACCGCAAGCACCACGGCAAGCAAGAUGUCAUCAGCGCAGCUGGCUUCUGCCAGUUCAGCUCCAGCGCUGACUGUGAGGUUCCCGACUGCAAAUAUAAGCUCAAGUGCUCGCACUUCCACUGCACCUUCCCUGAGUGCAAGCACACGGUGGUGGGAAUGUCCCAGAUGGAUUCCCACAAGCGCAAACAUGAGAAACAGGAGAGGGGCGAGCUACCCUCUGUAUCGCCCAAACAGGAACCGGUGCACCACCUGGGUGGAAGCAUGACACCAGCUUCAAUGAGUCUGUCUUCUUCCUUACCCACCAGCCACCAUACCAUGUCCCACGGCAUUAACAGCAGCGCUCCCUCCACACUCUACCCCACAGGCAGCUUAGGCUCGGAGUAUAACCACCCGUACCCACCAUCCGCCAUCAACCUGGACAGCUCCCUCAACCUGGGCACAGACACCAGCAGCUCAUUGUUCUUCCUGAAGAACGCGGCUGGUCUGGGUCUCAGCGAUUCGCUGGAUCUCAGCAAGAAGAUGCACCAUGAAGCUAUGCGCUGCAGCUCUGUCCACAAUGCCACGCCACCGCUAGGUCUACCGGUGGCUCAGGAUGACACCACAGGAACCUCCGGAGAUGCCGAAGAUGACCUGUCGCCGGAGGAGGAGGCGCACGAAGACGAAGAAGAAGAGGAUGACGAUGACGACGAGGAUCUCAACACUGACUCAAACGAUGACUUGAUGGCAGACGGUGAAAAGGACAACAGCGAGAGUUUUGAUGCUUCCGUUAACCACACUGAUGCUUCCCAACUGGAAAAGCAAAAUGCUGACCCAUAAAAAAAAAAAAAAAAAAACCUGACUCUAGGAACUGAAGAGAAAAAAACAUGUACUAUGAACAAACAAAAAGUGGCCUCAUUUAUCAUCUUUAGAGACUUCAACAAAAAAACAACAUCAACUGUGUGGAGAAAGCAACGGCCGAAAACGAUUUAUUAUGAUGUUUACAAGAUGACCAACAUUAUUAACUCAAUUAUGCAUUAAAAAAAUGAACGGAGACGAACAGAACUAGGCCCUGUUUUCCACACGGGGCAGCAAUGUAAAGCAUUUUACUACACAUCAGUCUUUUUGUGUGCGUGCAUGUUUGACUUUAAUUUAUUUUUUUCACUUUUGUGUGUCGGGG